UUUAAGCUUCCUACAAGCAUAGAAAAAUGGGUUCUCGUAUCCAAUUUUAUCUUGUGAUUUUUAUGGUCACUUUAGCAACAAUUUUGAGCCCUACACUAGCAAAGCUCACUCCUAAUUAUUAUGAUAGAGUUUGUCCUAAGGCAUUGCCAAUCAUAAAGUCACUUGUUAAGCAAGCAAUUUAUCGCGAACCACGCAUUGGAGCAUCAUUACUACGUUUGCAUUUUCAUGAUUGCUUUGUUAAUGGGUGUGAUGCAUCAGUUCUACUGGAUGAUACCCCUACCUUCCUGGGUGAGAAGACUGCAUUUCCAAAUAAUAAUUCAAUUAGAGGUUUUGAGGUUGUUGAUCAAAUUAAAGCCACCGUUACCAAAGCUUGCAAACGCGAUGUUGUAUCAUGUGCAGAUAUUUUAGCUAUAGCAGCUAGAGAUUCUGUAACCAUACUUGGUGGAAACCAAUAUUGGUACCAAGUGUUACUAGGAAGAAGAGAUGCAAGAAAUGCAAGUUGGGCUGCAGCAAAUGCAAAUCUUCCACCACCAUUUUUCAACUUGUCACAACUCAUCACAAGUUUUAAAUCUCAUGGACUUAACCUUAAAGACUUAGUUGUUCUAUCUGGUGCUCACACAAUUGGAUUUGCCAAAUGCAGUUCAUUUAGGGACAGAAUCUUCAAUGACACUAACAUUGACAAUAAUUUCGCGGCCAAUUUACGCAACACUACAUGUCCUCGAAUUGGUGGCGACACCAACUUAGCACCGUUUGAUUCUACUCCUACAAAAGUUGACACAACAUACUAUAAAGGUUUGUUGUACAAAAAGGGUCUACUUCAUUCUGAUCAAGAGCUUUACAAAGGUGAUGGUUCUCAAAGUGAUAGAUAUGUGAAGCUAUAUAGUAAAAAUUCUUAUGCUUUUGCUAAAGAUUUUGGAGUUUCUAUGAUUAAGAUGGGAAACUUGAAGCCUCUUACUGGGAGAAAGGGUGACAUAAGGUGCAAUUGCAGAAAAGUCAACAAUUAUUGAAUACUAUUACAUUGAUGGAUGGAUGGAUGGAUAAGAAGGAUUAAAGAUUGAUUAAUUGUUUAAUAUUGAGUUGUGCCAAUUUUUAUAUUUAUAAGUUAUCUAAAUAUGUUGAUUGUUGAGAAUAAUUCUAAGUUCAAAACAGAACCAUGAAUUUGUUAUGGUAUCUGUUUUAAAUGUGAGAGUUGUAAUUGAUUUUCAUUACAAGAAUAUUAAGUUUUAUUUGUAUUACUA